CAUAAUUUAUCUGUACUAUAUAUGAAUAAUAGGAAGUGGCUGUGAAGAAAUUCUUGGACCAGGAUUUUGAUGGAGAUGCUUUGGACGAAUUUCGGAGAGAAGUGAAAAUAAUGCGUAGGUUGCGGUGUCCAAAUGUUCUUUUUAUGGGUGCUGUGACUCGCCCUCCCAACUUAUCAAUUGUUUCAGAGUUUCUUCCCAGGGAAGCCAUCUGAUGUGCAUGGGCUUGUCGACUUAAAAUUGGGGGAGCAAAUAAUGAAGGAUCCGAAGGGUAUAAAGUUUAAUGCAAUGUUUUAAAAGGAUACAUAGGUAUUUAUGGAGUUUUGAGAUGUAUUAGCAAAAAAACAAAAGAAAUUAUUUGUUGAUUUUACUUUUAGAUUUUCAAAUUGUGCCAGCACAAUAUUUUUUGAUGUUGGAAAAGUCUGUUAUGUUCCUUUCAUCACUUGACUAAAAUGCAACUUGAUCUAUUUGAGAAGUCUGUACGGAAUUCUUCACUGUCCAAAUAGUCAAAUUGAGGAGAAGCGAAGAAUCAAAAUGGCCCUAAAUGUGGCCAAAGGCAUGAACUGUUUGCACACCGGCAUACUAACAAUUGUCCAUCGUGAUCUGAAAUCUCCAAAUCUGUUGGUUAACAAGAACUAGAUUGUGAAGACUGAGAGGUGGAGUUUGAUUGCUUUGGCAUCCCAAUGUCUGGGAUGUAUUGAAGUCCUGGAAUUUGAACAGAUAACUAGUUUUGGAAGACAUUGGCCUACUAAGGCAUCUGAACCUUUUCAUGGAUCAGACAGCAGUAUGCGAUUUUGGCCUCUCGAGGUUGAAGCACAGCACAUUUUUAUCAUCAAAGUCAAUUGCUGGAAUACCUGAAUGGAUGGCACCAAAGGUGUUGCGCAAUGAACCAUCAAAUGAGAAGUGUGAUGUGUACAGUUUUGGAGUGAUAUUAUGGGAACUUGCAACUCUGAGGAUGCCUUGGUCUGGUAUGAACCCAAUGCAGGUGGUGGGUGCUGUUGGCUUCCAGGAUCGCCGUCUAGAGAUUCCAAAAGAGGUUGAUCCUCUCGUAGCCAAAAUAAUUUGGCAGUGCUGGCAAAAAGAUCCAAACUUGCGCCCUUCCUUUGUGGAUCUCACAACAGCGCUCAAGUCUUUACAACGGCUUGUUGUCCCUGCUUAUCAGGAUGCGCAAAACCCACCUUUGGCACAAGAGAUACCAGUAAACACAACGCCUUGAACAUGCUAAACAGUAAAUAAGCUAAGAGUAUCCAUCCGUUUAUUACUUUUUGUAGUGCUUAGUAGCGCCCUCAAAUCAGGAGAUGUGAAGUGAAAUGCUAGUUUAGUUUGCCUUUUGGGCUAGAGCAAAAAUUAAUGCCCACUUGGCCUGUGUUUAUGUUUUUCUUGUGGAGACUGUACAGGAAUGCUCUUUUUGUCUAUUCAGUGUAUAUUGGUACUCGCAAGUCCGAAGAACUUGCAGUGGCUUGUAGGAGUUUCUUAGGGUGUUUUCUUUGCUUUGUACCCAAUUGAAAACCAGGGACAUUAUAUAGAUGAAAAUGGGAAGACCCUAUUGAUGAUUGUGACGAAAGGGAGUGGCGCCUGGGUUGAGUGUAAUUAAGUUGUGUAAAUAAUAGUGAUGAUACUUUGAGUUGUUGAAGAAUGUGGUCUCAGGAAUCUUUAAGAACUAGAUUCCAUUUCCUGAUUGAAUGAAAGAAAUGAAAAAGAGAAUGUGACAUUGUUA